GGCCCGCGCCCGCCCCGGCCUCGAGAGGCCCCAGGAGGCCCUGGCCCGGGGGCGGCGGCGGCGGCCAUGGCCGGUGGGCCGGGCCCGGGGGACCCCGCGGCCCCCGGCGCCCAGCACUUCUUGUACGAGGUGCCGCCCUGGGUCAUGUGCCGCUUCUACAAAGUGAUGGACGCCCUGGAGCCCGCCGACUGGUGCCAGUUCGCCGCCCUGAUCGUGCGCGACCAGACCGAGCUACGGCUGUGCGAGCGCUCCGGACAGCGCACGGCCAGCGUCCUGUGGCCCUGGAUCAACCGCAACGCCCGCGUGGCCGACCUCGUGAGCAUCCUCACGCACCUGCAGUUGCUCCGCGCUCGGGACAUCAUCACGGCCUGGCACCCUCCCGCCCCUCUUCUGCCCCCCAGCACGCCGAGGCCCAGCAGCCCCCCUGCACCCUGUGAGGCUGAGGUCCCCCGCCCCCGGAAGUUGCAGACGUCAGCCUCCACUCUCCCCUCCCCAGCUUUUCCAGGCUCCCAGACCCAUUCCGGGGCUGAGUUCAGUCCUGUCCCAAGCCCUGCUGCCCUCCAGCCACCACCACCAUAUCCAGCCCCUUCCUCUACCAAGCCUAACCCAGAGAGCCCAGUGUCCCUUCUGCAGGGAGCCCAGCCCUCUCCAUUCUGCUGGCCCCUCAGCGAGAUCUCCCAGGGCACCCACAACUUCUCAGAGGAGCUGAAGAUCGGGGAGGGUGGCUUCGGGUGUGUGUACCGGGCAGUGAUGAGGAACACACUGUAUGCUGUGAAGAGGCUGAAGGAGGGGGCCGACCUGGAGUGGACCACAGUGAAGCAGAGCUUCCUGACCGAAGUGGGGCAACUGUCACGGUUUCGUCACCCAAACAUCGUGGACUUCGCUGGCUACUGUGCUCAGAGUGGCUUCUACUGCCUCGUCUAUGGCUUCCUGCCCAAUGGCUCCCUGGAAGACCGCCUCCACUCCCAGAGCCAGGCCUGCCCCCCUCUCUCCUGGCCUCAGCGACUGAACAUCCUUCUGGGCACAGCACGGGCGAUUCAGUUUUUACACCAGGACAGCCCCAGCCUCAUCCAUGGAGACGUCAAAAGUUCCAACGUCCUUCUGGAUGAGAGACUGAUGCCCAAACUGGGAGACUUUGGCCUGGCCCGUCUCAGCCGUUUUGCAGGGGCCAGUCCCGGCCAGAGCAGCACGGUGGCCCGGACACGGACCGUGCGUGGCACCCUGGCCUACCUGCCUGAGGAGUACGUCAAGACAGGGAGACUGGCUGUGGACACGGAUACCUUCAGCUUCGGCGUGGUAGUGCUGGAGACCCUGGCCGGCCAGAGGGCCGUGAGGAUGCAUGGUACUGGGACCAAGUAUCUGAAAGACCUCGUUGAAGAAGAGGCUGAGGAGGCCGGGGUGGCUUUGAAAAGCACCCAGACCACACUCCAAGCAGGUCUGGCCACAGAUGCCUGGGCUGCCCCAAUUGCCACCCAGAUCUGUAAGAAGCACCUGGACCCCAGGCCUGGGCCAUGCCCACCCGAGCUGGGCCUGGCCCUGGGCCAGCUGGCUUGCUGCUGCCUGCACCGCCGGGCCAAGAGGAGACCCCGCAUGACCCAGGUGUAUGAGAGUCUGGAGAAGCUGCAGGCGGCCGUGGCAGGACCAGCCCUGCAGCCAGAGGCUGCCAGCCGAGGCCCCUCUUCCCCACAGGAAAACUCCUACAUUUCCCUCACUGGCAGUGCCCAACGUGGUGCCAGCCCACUGCAGCCCCUGGCGGUUCCGUCAGGAGCACCAGCCCAGGCUCCAGAGUGGCUCCAGAAAGGCCCCAACCAGCCCGUGGAGAGUGACGAGAGUGUGUCCGGGCUGUCUGCUGCCCUGCAGUCCUGGCACCUGAGCCCGAGCUGCCCCCCAGGCCCGGCCUGGCCAGGCAGCCCCGGGCAAGGGGCCACCGUGUGGGCCCCAGCAGCCCUUGGGCAGGCCGGCUGUACUCAAGGGGGCGCCACCCAAGAGUCGAGCUGGGGGAGUGGCCCAGGGCCCCAGCUGACAGCUAUGGAAGGAUCACUUGUGAGCAGCUCCGCCUCAUCGCGGCCGCCGCGGAUCGUCAUCAACCCGGCCCGACAGAAGAUGGUGCAGAAGCUGGCCUUGUAUGAGGAUGGGGUCCUGGACAGCCUGCAGCUGCUGUCAUCAAGCUCCCUCCCAGGCUUCGCUGUGGAACACCAAAACAGGCAGGGGCCCGAAGAGAGUGAUGAAUUUCAGAGCUGA